AUGCAACGCAUGGUAGAGGCCCUUAUCCAGUAUGAUGUGCGUUCAGCUCCCGUCGCUAAGCUCCAGAAGGAUAUAAACGAGUACUGCAAUGAGCGGUUCGAGGAGUUGUGUGCGGCAAAAGUGAUGGGGACCACUUACUGCAUAAAAUCUCCCGUGGUCGCCCGCUAUGGCCCAGACGAGCCUGGAGGCGCCAUGGCUUGGCGCUGCUACAAGAAGGAAGAAAUUAAUGAUGCAAGAAGGCAUGUUGGAUGCGUAGACAAUUGUGGAAACGUGAUACAAUGCAUAGGCGAGGCGACUCCAUCAGAUACAUUUGGUGUAGCUUUCCCGGAGAUGAACAACUGGAUUCAGCAGCGCAAGCAGGCCUACUGUUCGUCCUACCAACUGACUGCAAACGCUAUGUGCAGCUCCGGCAAAUCUGGAGGCGUCGCCAGAUACGACCAUAUCCGAAGGCGAUGGAUAUGUUUUGACCCCAGUGAUGUUGCUCUCGAUGGAGCCAGCUACUGUGCAGACAACUGCGGAGGACCAGUACCGUGUGCAGGAGGGUUGGUGAGAGGCGAACUACCGCAAUACACAUUGUAUGUCAUUCAACACACGGACAUGGAAUCUGCCUUCGAGGCACUAUGGCCAUGUGAAAGCCCGGACGACAUCUGCAUGCCGCGUCUCGUGAAUCCCCCGCAGUGCCUGACACGCGAGCAAACAGUGGCACUUCAGAGCCUCUCAGCGCAGCAAAUGGCGCUACAAAGAGCAUGCCAGGAGGCGAUGGACGAGGCGUGCAGAGAGGGCACGCAGACAGAAGAGUGUUAUGGACUGUGGUUGGCCCGGUAUGAUGUCGGCGGCGUGCCGAAGGUAUCAGGGACAUGGAAAUGUUACCCGGUGUCCCAUCUUGACUUCACUCGCCUAUCGAACUGUAUUGACGGAUGCGGCAAUCUAAUACGAUGCCAGGGUCGGCGCAUAGAGGAGUCGUCCACAUCCGUCGACCUGCCUCAGCUAACGAGGAUUGCCAGUGACCCCACCUACUGUUCAGCAUACCAGAAGGCGGGGAACGCCUACUGCUCAGAAAAACAUGGCUCAGGUUGGGUGGCAAGGCAGAACUGCAACUCUUAUAGGUGGGAGUGCUUCAGCUUGGAUCACAUGCCCUCGACGCGCUGGGUAGGCUGUGCGGGCCACUGCGGAGAAUUCAUUUUGUGCCCAAGCAGUGGAACAGGCGAUGCAGAAGAAAGCGGGGACUCCUUGGGAGACGAGGGCUUAGAAGACGUUAUUUCCAACGUGCCGGACCCCUGCCUCGAUGGUCAAUUGUGCGAAGGGACAGCCCAGGCGCCGCCGUACUGCUCGGGAGUUAGGCCGAAUCCAUACGCAGACGCGGCUUCGGGGGGAUACGGCAAUCCCACGCAGCAUGGACCCUGA